CACAAUUUGCCAAGAAGACAGAAAAGAAGAAACUACAAUCCACUGCUUGUUGGGUUUCCAUUUUUCCGGGUUUCCAUGAACGCCCCAUGACACUGGCAGCUAGCCUAGCCGGCUAACUUAGCUAAUCUGAUUUAUCGUCUCGGUUAAGCACACGGAACGUUAGCCAGGAUUACCAAAAUUAGUUUAACAUAUCCAGCGUUCGUAACGCAAUAUCUAUCUGACACCCUGCAGCAAGUUAUCUGAAGAAUGGCAUCACUUGGAGAGCCUGUGAGACUGGAAAGAGACAUUAACCGUGCUGUUGAACUGCUCGAUAAGCUUCAGAGGACAGGGGAGGUGCCGCCCCAGAAGCUCCAGGCGCUGCAGAGGGUCCUACAGAGUGAAUUCUGUAACGCUGUCAGAGAAGUGUAUGAACAUGUGUAUGAAACAGUGGACAUCAACAGCAGUCCUGAGGUCAGGGCCAAUGCCACAGCCAAGGCGACUGUGGCAGCGUUUGCAGCCAGUGAGGGACACUCACAUCCUCGUGUCGUGGAACUGCCAAAGACUGAAGAAGGCCUGGGUUUUAAUAUAAUGGGCGGAAAGGAGCAAAACUCACCCAUUUAUAUCUCACGGAUCAUCCCAGGCGGCAUCGCUGAUCGACAUGGAGGACUAAAGAGAGGCGACCAGCUCCUGUCUGUCAAUGGGGUGAGUGUGGAAGGUGAACACCACGAGAAGGCGGUGGAACUCCUCAAAGCUGCUCAGGGCACAGUGAAGCUGGUAGUAAGGUACACCCCCAAAGUCCUGGAGGAGAUGGAGUCGCGCUUUGAGAAAAUGAGGUCGGCGAAGCGCCGGCAACAGAACAACUAUCCCCAGUAGGAUUUUUUAUGUUAUGAUGCCCAGCUCCCAUGUCUCUCCUCCUUUAGCCUUCUCGCCAUUUGUUCUGGUCUCUUUCUUAUCUUCCUGCCUGAAAACAAACGUCACAAACAAACCCAUUGUUUCUCCUCACACAUACUGUUUAUUAUGCUUCUACCCUCCUCUGUAGCAUUUUUAAUAUUUGUUAGACUGGACACUACAGCUCUAGACAAACACUAGAGUGCUCAUGAUUGUCAGUGUAGGUGGCUGCUCACACGUGUGCAUUAUUUUUCAAUUGACGAUUUGAAUGCAACUUUGAAUGCUUUUGAGACCGACCACACGAUCCCUUAGUCUGGAAAGAUGGUGGAUUUAAUUGUUUCAGCACAGCCACUACCAAGUGCCUCAGGGCAGACAAGUUUAUCUCAUGUACUGAUGUCGACACUCUUCUGUUCUUCGAAUGGUUUUAAAGCCAAGUGCACGUAAUUAAACUCUUACAGCAGGAAAAACUCCAUGCUUCUGAUAUUCACCAUUUAAUGUGAUUUAAAUACACGUAAUAAUCCUUUAAUUGUGCAAACUUGAGAAAGAUGCAGUUUUUAUUCUAUCACCACUUUAGAGACAGAUGUGGAUGAGAAACUUUUAGGAGCUGAUGUUAGUCUGAGUCCUCAGAAUAAAGAGGUAGGUUUAUGUUGAAUAGAAUAGAAAGGAGACUUCAGAACAGCAGUGAUGGAUUAUUUUACAGGUUUUCUCUGGGCUUCCUCUUGAGUGUUCCAGCGUCAUACGGCACUAUAAAAAGCUCAGCCGGUGCUGUAAGUGAUGUAAUGGGGUCUCAGCAACUUUUGAACUAAAUACCUGCCGUCACAGAGACUUGCAGUUUUUACUUUCAUCAAAGUAAUAAACAUUCACAAGCAUUAAACUUGCUGUCAGCGUGACACGAGAUGUUCGGCUUUUGAUUAAUUUGUCUUGUCUUAAAUCAGGAAUGUAGAACAUCUCGUGUUUUAUUUGCCAGGUGAGGUACGUAAUGAGAAGUCAGCUAGCUUGACACUUGUCUUUGAUCUGCACUUUAAAGUGCUUGUUAACACAGUUUGCAUCAUUCAUUGAAAGUUAAAGUGAGGAUAAAUCAGAAACAGUAAUGCUUAAUAUGAGCUUUCACUGCUUUCAUGAGUCAAACUGCAGAUGUACAUAUACUGUAUAUGACUGCUGCAUAUACAUCAAGCCUGUUCAGGAGAUUGGGCCGUAUGUCUGUUUCAUCGGCAUGUGUUCAUUUCUCUCUCUCAAUCUUGCAGAACAGAAGUCUGUUUUGAAUGAAACAAUCACCCGACUGGAGGUGUUUUGUUGUGUUGAUCAUUGCAGCUCUGAAAGAUGGAUGGAUGAAAGAUAAAUCACAAUUUAGAAAUGUCACUUUUAUGAUGCUUAUGCUCUAAUAAUAUGACAAUAAUACUCCUUACAUUUCAGAAAUGUACCACAGCAAUAGGUUUCCUUUUUUUUCUACAAUCACUACAUAUUUAUUUCCAUACUUUUAUCAUUUGUCUUUAUCAUCACUAAAAUGUUCAUUUUAAACCAUCUGUUGACGGGCAAUAAUGUACUCUGUGUUCAUAUACAAACUGCACAUGCUGUAAACUUUACAAGUCAUGAUGAUUAACCUUUUAUUACUGAAAACUGCCAACAUGUCAUGUUGUUGUACUGCUGUCAAUAACUCACACUGUACUCUUUAUUAAGACACUAUUCUACUUUUUCAAAUGCAACACAAAGGCUGUUUUCGAAACUGACUACCUCACUAGCAGUACAUACUGAUUCGGCCAAAAUUCAUGUGAACAAGAGCAAAAUCUGCAGUUUGCCAAAACUACCCGGAUGUCGGACUGAUUUGGUGAAAUGUCUCUGUAUGCAGCGGACCAGUGUCCCUCAAUGCACAGCGCUCCAACGUUUAACUGUCAUUGCAUUUAGAGUGAAGUAAUGCGGAAUAAAAGCUGGUGAAUCUUAUAACUUCCAGUAAUUACAGAGGUGAUACACAUCUCACAGGUAACUGUUCAUGUCUGGGAAGAUUAUUAAAUUCAAUAUAAACCACUUCUAAACUUUUUAAAUCACAAGUGGAUGCUAAAGGAGCAGGCUGUUUUUCAAACUGCGUCCUAUACUAGCAGUAUGUACUGAUUUGGCCAAAAUUCAGUAUGUAGUAUGUGAACAAGAGCAAUAUCUGCAGUUUGCCAAAACUACCCGGAUGUUACACUGAAUGAGGAAAAUGUCUCAGUAUGCAGUGGACCAGUUUCCCUCACGUAAUGUUUCCCACAAUGCACAGCGCUAACAAUGUGCUUCUUCUUUUACCAUUUAUGACGGGAGGAACUCAGUUUUUAGGUGCUGUGACAAUUAUUAAAUUACAUGUAAACCACUUCUAAACUUUUUAAAUCAUAAGUGAUGCUAAAGAAGCGGUUUCACUAUCAGCUUGGCCGUUGUUUACUUCCGCUUUCGAAAAUAUGGAAAUCCAGCGACGCCUGACCCAGCACACUGCAGACCAGAUCCAACAGAACAGUCAUACUACAGACUAAAUUCAAAUGCAGGUAUUGCCAGGCAUUGGUAGGUAGUAGGUCGCAGGCGGUUUCGAAAACAGCCGCAGUUUCACCAUCAGCUUAGACAUUGUUUACUUCCGCUUUACAUAACCGGAAAUCUGGGCGACGCCUGGCAGUACGUACUACAUACGACAUCCGUAGGUAGUGUGUCGCAGGCAGUUUCGAAAAACAGUCACAGUCUUCAUCAUUUAAAGCAUGAUAAAUAUAAAGCUUCCAUCUUGAUAUUCCUCUUAUCAUGAUAAGUCUGCUCAUGAUGUGGAAUGUAUAAGCUAAAAAACCGCACUGAGAUGUCUGCAUCCUACCCUCACGCCUGUGCACAACAUGUCAAUCAAACUAAGUCACGAGUCAAGAGUCUGUUUAAAGGUUCAUCAUUUGAAAUAUAAAAACUAAAGCAAGAAUCUUCACUCCUACUUAAUGAUCCGUAGUGAGUCUUUUAGGGAAACAAAAGAACCAACAAACCUUGUGUCUCUGGUAGAUUCAGCUUCAUGUCUGCUGCAUAAUGUUGACGAGGCUCCAGCUGACUGAACCACGCUGCUGAGACAGGAGAGCGGUAUUGACUGUCAUGUCUGUGUUUUAUCUUACUGAUACACAAACAAGACGGGUGGUGGAUAAUGUCACAGAAACACGUCUCUUGAAAUGGCGUCAUUAGAUCUUUGUCCUCUGAUGUUGAACCAUCCUUCAGAUGUGUUAUUUUCAGUGUGAUGUAGUUAUUCUAUCUGUUAUUUUAUCCACUGAAUGAUCCCCUCACUGUAAAUAGCUCAUUAGAAGUCCAUAGCUACUUUAAAAAUAUGCUUCAGCUUGGUUAGAGGUAGAUUGAAGUUGCGUUUGAUCAGUUGGUUAAUAAUCGUUCAUCAGUUAUCUGAACUAACACUUCAGUGUGCUUGAGGUUGGCCCAAAGUACCGAACUUUUCUCUGUUAACAAUCUCUGCAUGCAUCCGUUCUUACCCUCCACGUCGCUACAGAGUCAGCUGUUCCUUUAAAUAUCACCAAAAUGAGCGUCACUCUAAUUAUCCACGGUUUUAUCAAGCUUUUACUUGAUAUCAAAACAAAUGCAAAGAAAUUGAUAAAACAUGAUGACUCUUUUGCAUUUGGAGAUGUGCCCCCAGUUACUCCUCUUAAAAUACAGUGCAUUAUAACACAAAUUUACAAUAAAUAAAACACAAAGUAUGACAACAAAUGAAUGCAAAACAAUGAUCUAUGCAAAGUCAUUUAGAAACGUGUAAAAUAACCUUUAAUGGUACAAAACAGCAGCCGUGUUACUGCAGAAUGUUACUGAAAACUACCACUUUAAGGCGAAACAUCUACUAAGAUGUAACACAAAUUUUCGGCCGCUAAGGUUGCGAGAAAUUUUACAAUGUUUAUUAUUUGGAUAUUCUCAUAUUGUUUGUCAUCAAGUUUCCAUGUGAUAUAAGCUUCUGAGGAAUGAUUGUCAGGCUGCAUGUAGAAGAACCUUCUUUUGUAAAAGUGUGGUUCUCGGUCGGACCACGUCAUAGGCUUCUUUUGUUUUGAGGCAGAGCGUUCAGCAGCACAGUAGGGAUGUACAUAAAAGGGAAAAAGUCUUAAAUAAUAUAUAGUUUGUCACUUGAUUGUGUUUUUAUCCAGCAUUAACUAGCUAGCUUCAUUUCUUACACACGUGUCAUUAAUCAGGAAACAAUGUAAUGUGACUUGGUAUUGUCACUCACUGAAUGUCACUGACCAUCGUCUGACUUAGUUGCGAAAUUUUGUGAAGUACCCUUCAACUUUCUACCCGUUUUUCCUUGUCUAUAUCUUGGGAUGGUCAAUAGAGUAUUUUUUUAUAAUACUUUUCUUUUGAUAUUUUUCUCAAUUUUAUAAGUGAUUUUCCUAAAACAAAUACCAGGAAUGAUUGGUACUUCCAUUUUGACUGUGUACCAAGGCCAUAUCAGAGAAGCCUCUCUGAAAAGCAGUGCCGGUGCAGGAUGACAUGGUCCUGGAUCCGAGCUUCUUUUCUGGGGGUCUGAACUGAUCUCUUUCUUUUCUUUCUAUUACCAAGACCAAACUUGCAGCAUUUGUGAAAACUUUGAUAAUGUUUUGAAAUGUUUUAGCUGGUGCUUGUUUAGGAUUAUUACCUGUAGAUUGUGUGUGUUAUGUUGUGUUCUUUGAUUUCUUACCUGAUUUUCUGUGUUACAUAGAUGUGGAUUGUAAAUUGUUGUGAUGUAGAACAUAUUAAUAAGUAGACUGGAGGCUAAAUAAACAGUGCUUACAUUCAUGAA